AUGGAGCGGAAUGGGAGAUGCCACGAGCGGGCCGUGAAGCUGGGUCUGCCGUGCGUCUACUACAAGCUCAACGAAAAGGAGGGCACUGGGCAGGUCCUAGACCACUCGGGCUACGCCCUUCACGCCAAGGCAGUGGGCGGACUCGCUUCAGCCCCAGGCCUGGCUGGCGAUGCGGUUGCCUUUGCCGGCGAGACCUAUGUGGAAUGUCCGCAGAGCCUGCGCGACAUGGCGUUCCCGCACAUGGAAAAGGGCGAGGUGGUGAGUUCGAUCACGCUGACGCUGCUGGCCAAGCUGCCCGCCGAGCUCACGGCGCCACCCCACACGCUGUACUGCACGCAUGCACGCGAGCAGGGUUGCCACUACGAGAACGGCUACCUGUUCUUCUGGCACUUCUACACUGGCCGCAAGAAGGUGGUGUUGCGAGUACCGGUUGCCACCCUCUUGGGUCAGUGGGUGCACACUGCGUGGGUACUGCAUGACGGCACACUCUACGCUUAUGUCAACGGCGUCGAGCACUGCUCUGCCCAGUUCGCCCAAAUCCAGCCCGGCAACUGUGGUGGUCCGUUCCUGCUGGGCGGCGAGUACAACAGCGAGAGCACAGAGUGCGGGCCGAAGCCGUCGUGCCGCUCGCCGCUGCAGCACUUCGCGGUCUAUCCUCGGAAGCUGAGCGGCGCCGAGAUUCAACGCCACAUGCAAGCCGCCGGCAUCAAGCACAGCACAUGA